CCGAUCUCAUCCUCCAUCCUCUUCUCAUCAUCCCAUCGUAUCGUCUGACUACUCUGCGAUGAGUCGCAAGAGUCUAAAACUCAGUGGAUGGAAGGUCCACGGGUUGUUUUGCUCGUGAUUCUGCUGCUUUUUAUCUUUUUCACUCCUGAUCAACCAGCGCGACGACGCUUCCAAGUUGACACGAGCCACAUCGAAGAAAAGCGCCUGGCAGAACUCGAUGUCUUGACAAACUCAUCUUAUGGCCAUUUCAAUCCUCAAACAAACCAAUGGCUCAAUCUGUCCGGCUUUCGAGAGACGGAUGGCUACCGGUGGCAAUUGCUACCUCGCGCGCGACAGCUGAGCCAGCAGCAGUAUGAAAAGGCCUGGGAUGGCAUCGAUCUCAACGAUGCCUUGCCAAUCUACGAGACCGUCACUGGUGAAGUCCGUGGCAAAUUUUCUCGACUUGACACUGCUCUAUCAGCUCCGUCACCUAAUCUAACUGCCAUCGAUCCGGGAAAGGAUUAUAUGGUGGCCAGGUUCGAGCGAAACAUUACUGAGAAAGAAGGCGAGCUCAGUCUGACCAUCUCUGACUCGAAAGAACGGCAUGGCCAUGAAGCCUCAGCCAUCAAAGCUGAUAUCUCCAUGUGGACGGAUUCGUCGCCAGGAAAUGGCUGGCAAGCCAGACUCCAAGGAGUUCACUUGCCAUCUGGCCAGAUCAUCAUGUCGACAUCCAGCUCCAAAUUUGAUGCGUUGCCAGCUCUGCCUCAUUUCGCGCAUGAUGCGGGCAGUUUCAAUGCAUCAAGAUACGUUAUGAACCAGACCAUGCACAAACUGUGGGAGAAAAUUCUGGAAGAUGUAUCGGAUGGUCUAGCUUUUGCGCCGCAAUGCGAGCUAAUUGUCUGGUUGCAACCCUUGCCUCACAAAUACAAAGGUCUCAAUCCUGUUGAGACUCACAACUAUCUUCAUCAAGUCGAACAAGAGCUCGAGGGCCCUGAGGGCGCGCCGAUCGGUCAACCUCCACUUCUCACCUUCUCCGCCACCAUCAUCUCUCCUGAUUGUGGCUACAUGCUCACAUCUGACACGGUCUCCGGACCAAAGACAGAAAGCUAUUGGGCACUUGCGCAGCGGUUGAUCUUCUCAUUCAUCAUGGCCCUCGGUAUGCAGAUAGCUCUCCUCAAACGCCAGAUGGAAAAGGCAGCGACACCGUCAACCCGAAGUCGCAUUGCAUACCAGAGCGUUGUCAUUGCUGCUCUUGGAGACGGCUUGUUACUUUUUGUGCUUAUUGCGUUGCUUAUGGUCGACGAGGCGUCGUUUCUCAUGAUUGCAAGUGCAGCUUUCAUGGCUUGCAUCCACGUCGCAUUUCUGGAAGUCAAAUUUGUCUUUGACAUUUGGACAGUCCAGGUCGGCGAUCCUCAACGGGCACAGCAGGAAAGACAAACAAGAGCUGUGCCCACCCGAAACCCAACGCCUGCUCCGGUUCCCACACCUGCACCUCCUCCAGCAACAAGUGCAGACGGAACCGUGGGUCUGCCACUUCCUGCCACAGCACCACGACCUGAAGGUGCCACCCCAAUCAUACUUCCCUCCGACCAGGAUACUACAGCCAUGGCCGACCUUCCCAGCCCGAGAGCCUCAUUUGCAGCCAUCUACAGCAGGUUCUACUUCUCUCUCGUCAUGUUGAUGUUCUUCUCCCUGUGGGCUUUGUCGUGGCCGCGAACCCUCCGCUCCGCCUAUGCCAACCUCCUCAUCUUCUGCUAUUUUUCAUUCUGGUGGCCCCAGGUCUACCGAAACACGAUGCGCAACUGCCGAAAGGCCCUGAGUUGGGAAUACGUCCUCGGAUCGAGUAUUCUCCGACCACUGCCUAUCUUGUACUGGUAUUUUGCCGACCAUAACAUCCUCUCGAUCGACACGAGUCCCAUGACUGCGGUCAUCUUGUUGGGGUGGCUGUGGCUGCAAGUCGCCAUCCUCGCCAGCCAACAAUUUCUUGGCCCGCGUCUACUUGUUCGAGACUCCUGGUGCCCGCCGGCCUACGAUUACCAUCCUAUUCUGCGCGAAGAUGAUGUCGAAGCGAACGGCAUGUCGAUCGGCCUUUUGGCUUCGGCAUCUGAAGCCAAGGAUAAGGACGACAAGACAAGGAAAGUGUUUGACUGCGCCAUUUGCAUGAACGAGAUUGAUGUUCCCGUCAUAUCAAAGACGGACAGCACGGGAGGAGGGACUGCUUGGCUCGAACAGAGGAACUACAUGGUGACUCCGUGUCGGCACAUCUUCCAUGCAGAGUGUCUGGAAGGCUGGAUGAACCUGAGACUCGUCUGUCCGGUAUGUCGAGAAGGGUUGCCACCACUGUAGAUAUAGCCAGCUCGACACUCUUGCAAUACUGUCACGUAUGUAUGGC